AUGAUACAUGGUCUUUGCAAGAUGAAAUGGAUUGGGGAGGCUCAGAAGCUUUGGUUUGAGAUGGUUCACAAAGGAAUAGUUCCAAAUGAAUACACGUACAAUGCAUUCAUUUAUGGGUUAUCUAGGAUUGGUAAUCUCGAAGAGGCGAAGGAGCUAUACAAUGAAAUGUGUUGUAAAGGUUAUAAAGAGACCACAGUGAGUUGCAACACUAUGAUCAGAGGGCUGUGUUUUCAUGGAAGAACAGAGAAAACUCAUGUGUUGUUUGAAAAAAUGGCUGAAAAGGGAAUUGCUCGUGAUAUUAUCACGUACAAUUCUUUGAUUCAGGGCUUCUGCAAGGAAGGGAAAAUAGAUGAAAGUAUAAAUCUUUUGGCUAAACUUUUGGAGAAGGGUUUGCAGGCUUCAGCCGCCACGUAUGCUGCGCCCAUAGAAAAACUUUGUGAGAUGGGUGAUGUGGAUGAAGCAAAAGAGUUGUGGGAGGAUAUGCAGAAAAUGGGUGUGGAACCAGCAGUAUGUACCCGUGAUUUCAUCAUAACUGGAUUGAGCAAUAAAGGGUAUGUAGCCAAGGGGAUGGAAUGGUUGGCUGCAAUGUUGAGACGUAACCUCAAACCGCAAAAUAUUGGUUACACGCUCUGUGGAUGUAUUUUCCGUUCUUUGGUUGAUAAACUAUGUGAACAGAAUUCCGACCAUGUUGAGACAUGUCUAGGUGGUAUUCUGCAGAAAGAUACUACAGCAUCUGAGCAAAACAAUGUGCUUCUUUCUCUCCGUUUCUAUCUUUGGCUAAGGUCUCAACGUAGCUUUGUACCGGAUAAAUUGGCGUGUGAUGCGAUUUUUGAUGGUCUUGUAAAAGCUAAAGCUGCCAAUGCUGCGAAAUCAUUUUUGAAUUCUGUAGAUUUUACUCCUCAACCUGGUUCUUUAAAGGCUUAUGUUAGAUGUUUGUGUGAAAAUGGGUCAAUUGAGAAAGCACUGAAGGUGUUUGAUGAAUUGCAAAAGCUAGGUAUUUGCCCGUUAUUAGAAACAUGGAAUUCGACUUUGUUGGGUUCGGUUAGAUCUAGGCGAACCGAUGUUGUUUGGAAGUUGUAUGAAGAAAUGAUGGGUAGUGGUGUUGCACGGGAUGUAGAUACAGUUGAGUAUUUGAUUCAAGCUUUUUGUAUUGAUAACAAUGUUUCGAAAGGUUUUGGGCUACUUAGGCAAGUUUUGGAAGAUGGGUUUGUUCCCAAUAAUGUUGCUUUUAAUAAAUUGAUAUUUGGAUUUUGCAAGGAUAGAUACUAUUCGAGAGUGUCUGUUCUCCUUCAUACUAUGAUUGCAAAGAAUCGACGCCCUGAUAUCUUUACGUAUUAG